GGUGCCGCUGAUGGUAGUUCCUGCUGUGUGGAGAAGGUCAAAACAAUUAACAAAGCUGACCCCAGUAAUGCUACAGAAAGUCAAGGACAGAUUGUCCUGUCAACACCACCCACCCCACCCUUGGCACGUGGCUAGUACAGGUCUCUGCCUUCAAAAUGCUACACACCUGUGAUGCACUGAUUUUUGCCUUUCUCCAGUGUCUGGGGUGGACGAGGGGCAAGUAACGAGCCCAGUUGGCCAUGGGGGAUCAGUGCAACUGCUCUCGCCUGGAGCCAUCUGAAUUUCAGUUGGUUAGAGGUGGUGGCUUCCAGCCUAAGGAAGCAGGUACUGUCUCAUACCUGCCUGAAUUAAGAAUUAUCUUUUAACGGGAAGAGAGCAGUGAGAAGAUACCAAGUAGCCACAUUUGUAUCAGCUGUAGUGUUUUUUUUGUUUGUUUGUUUGUUUGUUUUUAAGAUUUAUUUAUUUAUUUGAAAGUAAAGAGAAAUUUUCUAUCCACUGGGUCACAAUGGCCAGCAACAGCCGGAGCUGGACAGAACGGAAGCCUGAAGCCUGAAGCUUCUUCCAGGUCUCCCCUGCUGGUGUGGGGUUUCAAGGAUUUGGCCAUCUUCUGCUUUUCUAGGCAUGUUAGCAGGGAGCUGGAUUGGAACUGUAGCAGCCAGGACUCAAACCAGUGCCCACAUGAGACGCUGGCACUGCAGGCAGCGGCUUUACCCAUUACACUACAGUGCAGAGCUGUUAGUUGUAUUCUUAAGACACCAAAACCCCUGACCUGUUUUAUCCUGAAAGAAUUGGCCUCCUAAGAAAUCCUCAUGGCAGGAGAAAUCAACCAUGAAAUUUUUACAAGGUUAUAGGUUACCCAGGCUUAUCACUAUUUUUCUUAAGAUUUCAUGUAUUUGGCCGGUGCCGUGGCUCACUAGGCUAAUCCUUCUCCUGCAGCGCCGGCACCCCAGGUUCUAGUCCCUGUUGGGGCACCGGGUACUAGUCCUGGUUGCUCCUCUUCCAGUCCAGCUCCCUGCUGUGGCCCGGGAGGGCAGUGGAGGAUGGCCUAAGUGCUUGGGUCCCUGCACCCACAUGGGAGACCAGGAGGAAGUACCCGGUUCCUGGCUUCGGAUCAGCACAGCUCCAGCCGUAGCGGCCAUUAGGGGAGUGAACCAACGGAAGGAAGUCCUUUCUUUCUGUCUCUCACUGUCUACAACUCUGUCUCUCUCACUGUCUAACUCUGCCUGGCAAAAGUAAAUACAUACAUACAUACAUAUUUUAUGUAUGUAUUUAUUUGAUUUUAUGUAUUAAUUUAUUUGAGAGGCAGAAUUAGGGAGAAAGAGAAUCGUCCUCCAUCUGCUGGCUCACUUCCCAAAUGGCCACAACAGCCAAAGCUGGGCCUGUCCGAAGCCAAGAGCCAGGAUGUUCAUCCGGGUCUCUGACGUGGAUGCAGGGACCCAAGCACCUGGGCCAUAGCAGAGAGCUGGAUCGGAAGAGGAGCAGCCAGGACACGAACUGGCACCCAUAUGGGGUGCCAGCACUGCAGAUGGCGGCUUUACCUGGUACACCACAGUGCCAGCCUCUAGGCUUGCCACCUCUAGAGCAGUGAUGGAUUGUUCCCUUUUCAUCUCUAUUUGGUGUCAGAUUGCCCCCAUUGGUUUACUGCUGUUACUGGCUAAUACGGGGCAUUUUUGAGACCUUCAAACUGUGUUCACAGUCCAGUCAUUCUCCCAUCAAAAGCCUUUCUCCUUAAAAUAUCUUCUCUCAAGUACAUUUCUCUAGCUUAGCGUUUGCAUUUCCAUGUAAUUUCUGAAGCAGUUUGCAGUGGAAAGCAUUAGUGAGCCCGGGAUCUGACAUGAUGCUUUCAAAUGUUUUAUCUGUUGAUUCAGUGCAGGAUACUGCCUGGUCUGCCUUCCCUCAGCAUGGUGCCAGUUUAUCCAGCUCUCAGUCCCAGCUGCGUCACUGGCUUUGAUGGCAUCAGCUCAGCUCCCCAUGAGGUUAGCAUCAUACCCUCACAACACGUCGAAGCCUUGGUUUCUUUACUGUGACAUGAAUUGCUCACUAAACUAAAGCCAGCUUUUUUUGUUGUUGACAGUUCCAGCUCGUGAUCAGCUUUAUUUUUGAAAAGGAACUUAAUUCUUCACUGAGUCCCAUUUAGAGUUGCCCAGAUUUAUCUUUCUGGAACAAAGUACCAAUAACAAAUGUGUAUGUGGCAAAAUUUAGUAUCUUCCAUCAGAGUGCUUGGUGUCAAAAAUUGGUUCUGGGCACAGUGUUAAUCCAACUAUUUUUGGAAUUACUAUUUGGCAUUAACAUUAGUAAGCCUCCUAGGUAAUACAUCUCACACAAAGGUUAUCCUACACAAAGCCUGUCCUAUGUGGGUACUGCUUCAAACGGGAGCAUACAGGGAAGGCAUUGUGGCUCACUUAUUAAGGCGACUCUGGGAUCCCAUAUGACUGCUCUGCCUUCAAGGACUUGGGCCCCUGCCAGCCACAUGGGAGACCGGGAUGGAGUUUCAGGCUCCUGGCUUGUGCCUGACCCAGCCCUGGUAGUUGUGGCCAUUUAGGAGCCCUGGGGUGGAAGAUCUAACUCUGCUUUUCAAAUAAGUCCUUUAAAAAAGAGCAUACAAAGAAAGCCAAUAGGGUAAGCUUUAGGGGAAACCAUGGGAUUUGUCACAGAAUUCUGAUCAACUUUCCAUUUUGACAUUCAGAGAUAUCGAAAAGUGCGUCUCUUGUUGGAAGAUGACGUUUUGUUUCUAAACCAAGUCUUGUUAUUGGGUGGAAAUGCAUGUUAAUUUUAUAAACCAGUGGCCCACCUGGGGGCAGGGUUUUGCUGUCAUCUGCAUUCUCUGAGAGUGCUGUAAAAACAGCAUUAAGAAAACCACCCAGAAGGGCUCUUCAGGAGGCCAGCAUUGCCCUGGAAUUUUCCAGAGGAGGUGAAUGGCCCCUCAUGAGGUUGUUAUGCAAUGAGCUUUUGGAAGAAAAGCUCUUGGACCAGUCCUACUGGGUGGUUGGAUCCUCUGCCAGCUCGGCCAGCCUGGGCAAGAGGCGGAGCUCUGAGUGACUGCUCCACACAGCCUGCAGUGUCCACUGCACCCUCAGAGCCUCCCUAGAUUAGCCCUGCGGAUCUGUCUCCCUGGCCUUAUGGUUUUCCCCUGGGUUUUCAAAGCGAUAACACCUGUGCCUUUAUUUCAGUCCCCUUUGUGCUAGCAAGUCUAGUUUCCUUAGGCAGUUUUAGCCAAAACCUUCAGUUGCAAAAUAAACUGAAAUACUAGCCAAGAAGGCAGCUGGAAAAUCUCCAGAUUUGGCUAUUGUGUGCUGAAAUUCCAGCCCCCUUCUGCAUCCAUGCCAUGCAUAUCAAUUCAGGUGCCCUGGAGAAGUUCUCCAGGUUUGCAAGAGCACAACCUGCUCCUGGAAUUGUGCGUUUGAACGUCACUCUGGACAGCAUAUGACAAGUUCAGGUAGCCCUGCUGUAGCCAGUUAAAGGUGGACAGAAUGUUUUAAAGCAGUGGAAUCAGUUCCUUGGAUUGUAUCCAGAGAGUUUGCUUUGGGAAGGCAUUGAGUCAGCAGUAGGAAGGCAAACAAGAUCCAAGUGGAGCCUGACCUGUCGGUGCCCCAAGAUCUGAGAUGAAGAAGGACUAACUCAAAUUUUCAGCCACUUACAGAGGAGGAAGCUGCGGCCCGCGGAGGCGGUGGCUUGUGCGCCGCAGUGAGGACCGCCUGUGCCCACUCAGCCCCAGGAGGCACCCCCGCUUCAGCCGGUGUGGACGGCAGCUGCACCAUGUCCACCCAGGACCUAAGCAUCGUGGCCAAACUCAUCAAUGGAGGCGUGGCAGGGCUGGUGGGCGUGACCUGCGUGUUCCCCAUCGACUUGGCCAAGACACGCCUGCAGAACCAGCUUGGCAAAGCUUCGUACAAGGGAAUGAUCGACUGCCUGGUGAAGACAGCGCGGGCCGAGGGCUUCUUGGGCAUGUACCGAGGGGCCGCGGUCAACCUAACCUUGGUCACCCCCGAGAAGGCCAUCAAGCUGGCAGCCAAUGACUUCUUGCGGCAGCUGCUCAUGGAAGAUGGGAUGCAGCGGAACCUGAAGAUGGAGAUGCUGGCCGGGUGUGGAGCUGGCGUGUGCCAGGUGGUGGUUACGUGUCCCAUGGAGAUGCUCAAGAUUCAGCUGCAGGACGCAGGGCGCGUGGACGUGCCUCAGCAGGGUUCAGCCUCCAGGCCCUCCUCCUCCAGGUCCUACACCACAGGCUCGGCGUCCAGCCACAAGCGCCCGUUGGCCACACUCAUCGCAUGGGAGCUGCUUUGCACUCAGGGCCUGGCUGGUCUGUACAAGGGCCUGGGCGCCACUCUCCUCAGCCUUGGGUUCAGUGAGCUCGCCGGGAAGGCGUCCUUCGCCCACUCCUUUGUGUCAGGCUGUGUGGCAGGUUCCAUAGCGGCCGUGGCAGUCACCCCUCUGGACGUUCUCAAAACGCGAAUCCAAACCCUCAAGAAAGGCCAGGGUGAGGACGUCUACAGCGGACUCACCGACUGCGCCAGGAAGCUGUGGAUCCAGGAGGGGCCGCCUGCCUUCCUGAAGGGAGCAGGCUGCCGGGCGCUGGUCAUCGCACCGCUCUUCGGGAUCGCCCAAGGCGUGUACUUCAUGGGAAUCGGAGAGCGCAUCUCGAAGUGCUUCGAGUAAACAGAGAUGAGCUCGGGCCCUCCCCUCGCUGCAUCCCUGCAGCCUGUUUCACCCAGACUAGAGGCAGUGAGGCUGCAGCAAGGUGGCCCACGCACGUUAUACUUUGCCCGCUAACUCGUAGCCCUGCCUUGGCCUCGGAAGACAACUCGCCAGCAAGCCCAGGGCGGCCAGAGCUGCCCUGGGUGAUGCCUGCAUGGCAGGGACGCUGAGAAACCCCUGCCCACCCGGUUUCAACACAGCAAUGGCACUUGCUCCGGCUGUAUUAGCUGCAGGAUCUUAACCCACAGUAGGGCUGAGCACUUUAACCUUUCCGUGAGAGACUCCAGCUCGACUUGCUUGAGUAAGUUUGAGGCUUUGGUUUUUGUUAUCUUGAACUACAUAACUGACAGUCCUAGCACUGGCUCUGGGGAAGGGACAAGUUCAAGGGGACCAGGAAGAGCCAGCAGGGACCCUUCAGGUCAGGGUGCCUGGGGUCGACCCUAACUGGAGAGCCUGGGAAAGGCCGGGCAGCUGAAGCCAAGGGGCACGGUCACAGUCUGUAACCCUGUGCCCGGCGGACGGGCUGCUGGCCACCCUCCAGUCCACGGCCAGUCAGAACCAAGGCUGCAUUAGGAAGAAGCCGCAGCAGGUCACUGUCACCCACUCUCCAAACGUGCCCAGGAGGCCGGAGGGAAGAGCAUAGAGCUGCACUCGGGCACUGGGUUUGGUGUCUGUCACCCUGUGCACUGUCACCCUGAGGAACCCAGUGCUCCACCUGUGCCUCAGUUCCUUCCCCAUGUGACUGCCACAGAGGAGAGCAAUGACGUCACACAGGAACAUCUCCCUUUCCCGGAAGCUGGUGCUGACUUUAGUCCCCACUGCAUUUAAACCCUGGGCUAAUGAGAAAGAGCUUGGUGCAGAGUGGGCGGCCCCGUGGCCCCAGCUGCAGGCUCUGGGAUGGACGCAGCCCUGCUCCAGCCCUGCCCCCUGCUCCCUGGCAAGACCUUGGCAGCUCUUAACUGUCAGCCGGGAAAAACCAGCUCCUGGGGAGUGGGAGGUCGAGAAGGGCCCCUGGGAAGGAUUUCAAGGACAAAGUACCCCACCCCCAAAAAACAGCUUAACUUGCUUUUCUCUUGCUACCAGAACUAAUAAAAACAAUUUUCCCAGUGUAGUUGUAUGACUCUUCCAGAGCAUGUUAUUGUGCCCGUGCCGGGGGAGCCGUGGUGACUUAAGGGACUGGAAAGGCCACUUCUGGGUGACUGUCUGGUGAAAUAGCAGGGAGCCCCAGAGGACCCUGAUGGGGACAACGGUUUCCGGAACUGACA